CGAAUGGCUCGCCAGAGCACUCGCUUUCUGCUGGAGCACUCACUCUGUGCUGGAGAGGAUCUCUCAGCUGAUGAGCAUUUAGAUCACAAGCUUUUUCUCUUCUUAGUACGGUGCACGAUUAUCAAUAAGGACUUUUAUGAAUACCGGUAAGCAACAGAAGCCAGUGCUUACAGGCCAGCGGUUUAAGACCAGGAAAAGGGAUGAAAAGGAGAAGUUUGAGCCUACGGUUUUCCGAGACACUAUUGUUCAAGGCCUCAACGAAGCAGGUGGUGAUCUUGAUGCUGUAGCUAAGUUUUUGGAUGUCACUGGGUCGAAACUAGACUACCGACGCUAUGCCGACACCCUGUUUGACAUCCUUAUCGCUGGGAGCAUGCUCGCUCCUGGGGGAACACGCAUUGAUGACGGGGACAAGACCAAGCUGACGGAGCACUGUGUGUUCAAGACAGACGAAAACCACACUGCUGUUCGCAGCUAUGCUCAGGUGUUCAAUAAACUAAUCAGAAGGUACAAAUAUCUGGAGAAAGCCUUUGAAGAGGAAAUCAAAAAGUUGCUUCUCUUCCUGAAGGCCUUCACGGAGUCAGAGCAGACCAAACUGUCCAUGCUAACAGGAAUCCUGCUGGCCAAUGGCACACUGCUGCCACCUAUCCUUACCAGCCUCUUCAGUGAUAACAUUGUCAAAGAAGGAAUAUCUGCCUCCUUUGCAGUGAAAAUGUUUAAAGCAUGGAUAGCAGAGAAGGAUGCCAAUGCAGUGACAUCUGCUCUUAGGAAAGCCAACCUGGAUAAGAAACUGUUGGAACUCUUCCCUGCCAAUAAGCAGAAUGUAGAGCACUUCACAAAGUACUUCACUGAGGCAGGACUGAAAGAGCUGUCAGACUUCCUGCGUACACAACAGUCUCUGGGCACACGCAAGGAACUCCAGAAAGAGCUGCAAGAGCGCCUGUCCCAGCAGUGUCCCAUUAGAGAGAUCGUGUUGUAUGUGAAAGAAGAGAUGAAGAAGAAUGAUCUGCAGGAGCAUGCUGUGAUUGGCUUACUGUGGACCUGCCUCAUGAAUGCUGUUGAGUGGAAUAAAAAGGAAGAACUGGUCACCGAGCAGGCCCUCAAACAUCUGAAGAACUAUGCACCUCUCCUGGCUGCGUUCAGUACUCAGGGUCAAUCAGAGCUGGUCUUGCUGCUCAAGAUUCAAGAAUACUGCUACGACAACAUCCACUUCAUGAAAUCCUUCUGCAAAAUAGUGGUGCUUUUCUACAAAGCUGAUGUCCUUGGUGAAGAAGCUAUUUUAAAAUGGUACAAAGACGCCCAUGCUGCCAAAGGGAAAAGUGUUUUUCUGGUGCAAAUGAAGAAAUUUGUGGAGUGGCUUCAGAAUGCAGAGGAGGAGUCUGAGUCAGAGGGGGAAGAAGACUAAAGAUCAUGUGGAUCCUGAAGAUUGUAGGGUUUUACACUUUCAACUCUCUGUGGCCAGCUUUUUAGUGCACAUAUACUGUAGGGUCCAUGUCAUUAUAUUUGUGCCCAGAGAGACGAGUCAUAGACACAGAAGCACAAUCCAGGGAAAAGCUUCUAAGCUCUAUGUAAAGAAUGCAAGGGACUACAUAUAGUCAGCAUUUAAUAGCAAUCACUUUAACAUGGAUUUUACAUGAAGUCUCUUCAGGUACUGUGUUAAAAGACGUCAGUGUCCUAAAUUUGUUUUUAUUUGACAAAUGUGUAUAUGUCAUGGGACUGCUUUUAAUCUUUUUUUGAAUAAAAGGUGUUUUUAUG